AGAUGCGGCAGCGUCGCAUUGACACCUGGGCGGGGGAAGCGCCUAUCCGACAGUGCCCGCUGUCACCGCAGCUGUCGCAGGCGACGCGCCGCGAGAUGUCCCUCAGCGCGCUAAGCUGCUCGCAGGUCAGCCGCGAUGUCUACCGCAGGAAUGGAUAUUUGCUUGGUCGCUCCCAUGCGCCGCUGCGGUCCAAGUCGCUGUCACUGCAGAGUGUGCUUUUCGCUGGCGAGGUCAUGAAGACCUCCCAGGACAAGUUCAAGCGGCCCCGGAAGUAUGAGAUGGGAUGGAAGACGAUGCCCGAGAAAAGAUUUGUCUUCGACCCCAAGAGCUUCUUGCCGGUGCCCAGAGGUGGCUGGGACAUGAGCGACGACAGCUGGCCGGACCUGUUGCCGGCCGGCCGGAGAGCUUUGGAGCCCCUCCCCUUCGAGAAGGAUGAGGCGGUCUCCUGAGAGUGUUAGCCGUCAAUAGUCGCAGACGUGGGACGCGCCUCAGAUUUCUCAGGCUUGGGGGAAGCAAUAUUGCGAACGGAAUCUGUUUUGUAAAGCAUGUACGUGUUUCCCACGGACCCUCUUAAGUUCCUCCAGGUGAACUUACUUGAGGCUGACUACAUCGACGCCGUUGAUCCAACUCAACGGCGACUCGUUCUCACCAAAUGGACUGGUCUAUCGGCAGAGCGGAGGUAAUUGGUUUUCCUGCG